AUGGAGGGAAAGAAAAAGCAAAUGCAGGCUGCAAUAGAAGAAAGCGACCUACCAAGUCUUCCAUGCGACAUCAUACACAAUAUACUCUUGAAACUACCCGUCAAGUCUUUGCAUCGAUUCAGGUGCAAAUCAAUACGUUCUGUAAUCUCUGGACCCGAAUUCGUCAAAACUCACCUAAACCAAUCCAUUAAAUUGGACCGCCAAAGACUCCUUUGCGGCCGGAUAAACCAUACAAACUGGUUCUGUUCCAUACACUAUGAAACCUCUGACAAUCCAGUCGAAAAACUGUUCUCACCAAUGAUUGAAUACUAUUGUUCUUGCGAUGGUUUAGUAUUAUUGAGUGGUCUUGGCCACGGCCACGACUCUAUGUGGCUUUUGUGGAAUCCAUCCACUACAGCGUACAAAAAGUUCAGAGGCCCGUUUUAUGGUUAUAAAUUGUGUUUAUAUGGACUAUGUUAUGACUCUUCCGUUGAUGAUUACAAGGUGGUUCUUAUAUGUAAACGAGAGGUCACCCAUUACGGUAAUUAUGAGGGAUUUGUUUAUGUGGUUUUCCCUUCCAAGGAUAAUUCUUGGACACAACCUAGAAAGUUUACUCAUAAUCCUAUUUUGAGUGAGAUUGGAGUUAAUGUGAAUCGAGUGUGCCAUUUUUUUGUGAAAUCGGAUAAUAAGGAUUUGUAUGAUAGUAAAACAUAUGCAAAUAUAAUUUUCUUCGAUCCUGUGAAUGAGGAGUUCGAAGAGAUGCCACCACCAAUUUGUAUAGGUGAAGGGGAUGUAUUUGGUUUGAUGGUGGUGAAAGGAUGCCUUGGUUUAUACUGCAGUACGCCUGAUGGAAAUCAGGCUGGGGUGUGGGUCAUGAAGGAAUAUGGUGAGAUGAAUUCUUGGAUUAAGUUGUUCGUCAUCAAACAUAGUCUGCAACCAACCUCAUUUUCACGAAAUCACUUAAGGCCGUUGUGUGUUACAAAGAAAGGUGAAAUUGUGAUGGUGAUGAAUGAAACAAUAUUGCCAUCUAUAAUCCUAAAGAAAACACGUCUAGGAACCUUGUGA